AUGUCUCAGAGUUCUCCCUCAAAGAAAUCGUCUCCUUCCUCUAAAACAGCAUCAGGAUCUAGGGCACCCAAUGUGGGUAGAGAGGGAUCUGCUUAUGUUCACAAUGCGAUCGCAGGCAUUGUCACGAGAAUCUUGAAUGAAGGGCACAAGGUUGAUGGAAUAUCUGUUCCUCUAGCCCAAAUUCCUGCCUCUGAGAACAUCAAAGAUGAUCAAGAUGAUCAAAAUGAUGGUAGCAAAGAUCAGGAUGAUGUUGAGACAUCUGUUGACAACAAUGAUGAAACCCCUGGUGCCAAAGAUGUUGAGACAUCUGAAGCUAUCAAUGUUGAAACAUCUGGUACUAAAGAUGCUGAGAUUCCUGAACCUGAGAAAGCUGAAGAGGUUCCUGUCGCUCCUUCUAAAGAAACCCUUAAUGAAGGCCCUACUGUGCCUGAUGUGGUGAAUCUGGAUGAUUUGGAUGAUUCUAUUGACAUCGCUGAUGAUGAGCUCAUCUCUAGCAUCUCUCAUAGAGUCAAGACUCGUAAGGGCAAACAAGUUUGUGAUCAAGAUUUCUCCAAACCUCAAGUUACUCCUCAAAAGAAGGUUACUAUAAAGAAGAUCAAGAAGGUUCCUGCUGAACCUUCAACCACUGGGAGCAAGAUUGCUGUGAAGAAGAGGAAGGAAAGAAGUGUUUCUGCCCCUGAAGACGAUGUCUCAAGUGAUGUCCCUGACAUCCCAUCCAAGAAGAAGACUGCUGUCACAAAAUCCUCCACAAAGGUGCGUGAUGUUCCUUUGGACAACAUUUACUUGCACUAUGCUUCAAAUGCCAUCCAGUGGAAAUUUGUUUAUCAAAGAAGGCUGGCUCUAGAAAGAGAAUUAGCGAAUGAUGAUCUGGAAUGUCAAGAGGUCAUGCAGCUCAUCAAGUCUGCAGGUUUGAUUAAGACUGUUUCUCAUUUUUCAAAGUGCUAUGAAAUGCUUGUGAAGGAAUUUAUUGUGAAUUUGUCUCAAGAUUGUGGGGAUGGAAGAACUGAUGAUUUUCAUAAGGUUUAUGUUCGAAGAAAGUGUAUAGACUUUUCCCCUGCUCUUAUCAACCUAUAUCUAGGUAGAAAUAUUGAGGCUCAACCUGAGCUUGAAGUAACUGACAAUGAAGUUUGCAAGGUUAUCACUGGUGGUAAGGUCAAGAAAUGGCCCAUAAAGAGUAAAUUGUCUGCUAGUCUUUUGAAAGGCAGGUAUGCUUUGCUGCACAAAAUUGGUGCUGCAAACUGGGUGCCUACCAAUCACACUUCUACCAUUGCUGUUGGCCUAGGUAAAUUCAUUUAUGUUGUGGGAACCAAGACAAAAUUUGAUUAUGGGACCUACAUAUUUGAUCAAAUAUGA